AUGGAUAAAAUGGAACGAUCCGACUAUCCUCCAAUGCGACGAGCUAACCGUGUUGGCACAUUGGACAUGUCAGCUGUAGCUGCACAGGAUCCAUCAUCUCCUUCUAUUUGUCGAGGGUUUGUCGGAGAUCCAAUGGAUCGCUAUCUGGCAGGACUUGGUCUUGUCAAGAAGAUGAUGCCUAACGAUAGGGGAAGCAGUGUGUAUAGAGCUGUUUGUGAAGGACUAAGCGGCGAUCAAAGUGAAUACCUUGAACUUCAACAAGUUGUGGAAGGAGAUCUUCAAAUGCGUUACCGUCUUCAACGUCUUCGAACAGGUCUAGCGGACGUAAACAAAAUUGAGGAUACUUUGGAGACAAUUUCACGUCUUCUCAGAAUUGAGCUCCAUGUCUAUCGUGUUGUGGGGGAAGAACCUCAAAUUCACAUACCUAAAAAACGUACUACAAAACGUCCUGACAAGGUAAGGCUUAUCAUACUUUUCUUUCUUCUUCAUCGUUUACUGCUCGAUGGCGGCAUGACAAAGUUUGUUGGUCAUAUACAAAAACAACAUACUAAGGGCAACAAUACAGUGAUAGUAAAUGCAUAUGAAAAAUUAUAAAA